AUGAGCGACAACGUCAAAACCGAUAUCAUAUCACUCUCCAGCGACGACGACGACGGGAUACAUGUACACCCCGAGCCCAUCAGUGACGACAGAGACUGCAUUCACAUCACACCAAUUGAGCUCUCGCAGGCCGAGUUCUCAACACGUGUUGAGUCCUCAAUAUUAUCGCAAACACCCACUCGCAGGGAAUCUCUGAAUAUAGGCAACAUAAUUUUCACGCGUGAGGAAGCGCUGGAGCUGCCUUCGUCGCCGCCUCUGGCCGCAGCCGACGACGAAAUAGACGGCAUGAACAAAUGGCGACUACCCAAUGCAUUCAACUCGUCUCCCCCGCUGCCGCGAUUUUCAGACGACUUUGCGGAUAAUUUCGACGACAAUGAUUGUCAGAUUCUAGACGACUUUAUUGAUGCACAGGCGCAUGUCGAUGGUGCAGCGCUGAACAUGGCCACUUCGAUUUUGGGGCUUCCGUUAAUUACAUCGAAUUAUAGCGACUCUUCGGUGGCCACCGACAUUCUUAGCUCGUCAGAGAACGAGGAAAAUCAAGUACUAUAUGGCCAGCGGCGGUUCUCGCGGCGCGCAAUGUCAAUGGACGACGAGGCUCGAAUUACACAGUCAAUGUCGUUGGCCACGGACAUUGGCCGCCAAUCGAGCAGGGUUGAAAAAGAGGCUGGGCGAUGUGCACUGGCUGAAAAGCGGAUUGCAGAGAGGGCCGAGAAACGCCAGCGCAAGGAGAGAGAAAGGGAGUUUCAGCGCGGGUUGUCGAGCGUCAACAAGAAAAAGGUUGACUUUAAGGAUUUAGCCCGUGACAUGACGCUGGUUGCUGACCCCGGGCUGCUGCAGCUUCUGGGCGAGCCAAAGAGAACGGCAUCUGCCACCACUGCCAUCGAUGGCGAGGACACUAGCGAGCAUGCUGCUGCUGCUGCUAGUUUAGAAGUGAGCACGGGGGCGAGCCACCCGGUAUUUGGGCAUCUGCUCGAGGAGGGCAUUGCGUGGCGGGUUGAGCCGGCUGCCACGGCAUCGGCUGUUCAUUGGGAGAUGCGGGUUCGGCGCAAAUGGGAGAGCAGCCUCAAUCUCUAUGUGCCCUUGGCACAUCCGCGAGUGGUCAAGGUGCGCAGCGCAGCGAUGGUGGUUAUUGGCAGCAAGCGGUUUGUCGAGAUGGUGGCUGCAGACCGUAUUGCGCACAGGCUCGGGAUUUGGCGGGCGGUGCUGGCUGUCAAGCGCCUUUUUGUCGUGGUUGUUGGUCUGCAAAAGUACCUACACAAAACCGCUAAUGCAGAGACAAGGGAGUUUGCGCGCCAGAUGCGGCAGCACCUCAAGGAUGGCGGCGGCGGCAGCUCGCAGCCACUGCCUCGCCAGCAGCAGCAACAGGCAGAUUCAGCGUCUGCCGCCAUGGGUUCUUUGACCCAGAGCGAUAUUGAGGAGGCCGUGCUGCGGCUCCAUAUGACGUGUCCGUGGACAUCGUGGUUCACGCAGUGCUCUGAUACCAAGGGGCUGUCCAAACUGCUGUGGCAGGCCACGUCGGACAUCGCGCGAAGCGAGUUUUACGGCGACAAGGGCGGUGAAAACAAUAGCGAAUUUAGUUCGGGAUCUGAGACCAAUAAUGGACCCUCACCGCUGAGCUUUGUGACUUCGGAGGUGGUCAGCGGGCUGCGCGCGGCGGUGGUCCGGGCGCUGACACAGAUCCCCAAGGUCACGCAACCUGUUGCACAGAGCAUUAUAGCCAAAUACCCGACGCCCCGGCGGCUGUUUGAUGCCUGGCGGGACCUGGGUUCGGAGCCAAAGCGGGAGCUCAUGCUGGCUCAGCUCACCACGCCUGGGCACGUUAUGUCUGGGCGCAUCUACCGCUUCUUCAACGAACCCGACCCCACCCGGCCGUUUGCCGAGCUUUAG